UCACUCAUGACAUCAUCGGUGUGGUAUGCCAAACUCACGUCAUUUUGAGCCGUGUUGCCUCUGGAUUUUCAUUUGGGUUUGAACUUUUAAGAUGUCUUGAGUAAAAUCAGGAACUGACGGCUGUUGUUAUUUACCACGGCAUGUAUUAUUAAAUUAGAAUAUGCUAAUUAUAACAGUUCCCAUUGGUCUGUGGCUGAAGCUGCUCCGGUAAUGGGCGGGGUUUUGAGAGCAGAGAGUGCGUGUGUGGAGCGGUUGUGUUGGACGGGAAUUUCUCUGAACUGAGAGGUGCUGUUAAUGUGAACUGGACCUGCGUUUGCACACUACCGCUGAUAUGGAGCCCAGACAACAGGAGCUGUACUCUAGCGUACUAACUCCUGAAGCAAUAGUAGACUGGGAAGACAGAGAAACUUUCCAUGCAGGUUUUUUGGACAAAGAGCCUCUAAAGGAAGUGGACGAGGAUAUGGUGUCAGAGGUGGAUCUCAACAACACUGUCACAGAAGAGGAGCGAGAGGAAAUGGAGAAUGAACUGAUUAAGUUAGAAGAAGAAAUCAUUACUUUGAAACAAGUCCUGGCCUCCAAAGAAAAGCGUCACUUGGAGCUGAAACAGAAACUAGGGAUCACACCCCUGAAUGAACUGCGACAGAACUUCUCGAGGAGCUGGUACGACAUGCAGACCAGCACAGCGUUUUCUAAAACGUCUGAGACCCUGACCACGGCUGGACAGCGGACCUCAGUGGCCUUCAGUAACCUGGGCAAUGCCAUCAGCAGGAAGUUUGGCGAUAUGAGGUCAUAUUCUCUUGGCUAUUCUAUACGGCAUUCAAUGAGCAUGCCUACAAUGAGGAAUUCGCCUAGUUUCAAUUCCUUUGAGGAAAAAGUCGAAAGCACAGUUUCAAACAUUAAGUCAAAGGUUGGAGGAACAGGAGGUGCGGGCAGUUUUGAAGAUGUCCUGUCUUCAGCAGCCCAAGCCAGCGCCCAGGACACCCCUACUAAUAAUGUGACAGAGAACAGUGAGCACUAAGGGUUUCAAUGGU